AUGUUUUCCAGAAGAUAUUCACAUCCUGGCAAGGCUGUCAUCAGGAUGGAUCCUGAUUGCGCGAUAUGCCAUGCUCCAGCCAAUAUGGCAUGUGAGUGUGAGGCCAAGGGCCUCGAUGUUGCUGUCAAACAAGCCGAGGACCGUAUGAUGCGGUCCAUAUAUACUGAAAUACGUUCUUGGGUGCGAGGUCAUGCGCAAGACUACAUACUUGAAUACUUCCGCCUUCUUACCGAUCAACGAAAAACCGCCCAUGCUGCGCAUAUGGAUCGAAUCAACGCCCACGCCUAUCAUUAUUAUCAUGCCCCGCCUCAUCCGACGCAAGUUGCUGAAGCGCAAGCCUCAUUGAAGCGCGGGAUUGAUGAAGAUUGGCAGGCGAGCGUACAGCGCUAUCCGGAAGUACUUGAAUAUUUCUUUGGACUUGUUGAGCUUACACUGCCGGCGGAGGACGAACCGGCCGUCAAGGAUCCGCCGCUGGGCCAGUUAUCGAGUUCUCGAAAAGUAAACCGCCGAAACAGUAAUAAUCCUCCUGGCGUCGCUGGCGCAGUUGUACCUCCAGGAUAUCGCGACCCAGGCCUGAUGCAUCAGGAGCCUCCUCCCCCUAUGCCGACCCGAACAAGCCGAACUCCUGGGCCUGGAGGAAUGAGACGACCUAACUACGGUGCACCACCGCCAAUGCCCGGCGGUUACAACUAUCCUCCCCCUCCUCCACCGUACUAA